CAUCAAGCCCAUUUUGGGAGAGAGCUGGAUCGAUAUCGUCGUGGACGCCUGGACUGGCCCCACGAAUUUGAAGCUCUUCUUUGUGCCAUGAACCUUCUGGCAAUCAACAGCCUUCGGCCCGAAAUUGUCCAAAGGGCGUUCGGUACAUCGAAAAAUACCCUAGUAUCCCAGUAUCAGUAUAGUUGCCAAUGUGCCUUAGCCAAGGUCGACUUUUUCAAGACCGACAAGAUCCAUGCCCUACAUUUUUAUUUCAAGAAAAUCUUUAUCAAGAUGCAAAAGCACUCCUUGGAGUGGCGUCACGGCUGGCCCAGACCAUGGGUCAUCAUCGUGACCCGAGUCUUUUCCCUUUCUCGCCUUGGGUCUACGAGAUUCGAAGGAGGAUUUGGAACCAUUUAUGCUGUCUUGAUGCAAUGGCUCUGACUUUCUAUGGAGCUGAGUCAUGUCUCCCAGCAAUAUCAGAUGCACAACCACCUCAAAAUGCAAACGAGAUCGACUGGCAUACAAGUCGUUUUGCCAACCCCUCGUCUGUUCCUUCUAGCUCUGGAUUUACCGAUAUGACGUUUGCCCUUGUUCAUCGAAUCAUUGCAGAUACAACACGUGCCCUAGCACGUGUUAAUCCCCUUGAUUUUGAAAAGAAGGAAACCAUUAUACGCCAGACAGAAGCUGACCUCCAUAACGGCUAUCUUCGUGAUACCGCUGAUCCAUCACACAAGAUAAUUGCUGCGUUCGCAGAGGUCAGGAUCGCCAAUUUACGACUCUCCAAUCAGCAUCGUCAAACACAGAAGGUGACAACACAGCCCUUGGACCCUGGAAGACAUCAAGUUUUUAUGGCAGCAAUUGAACUACUUGAAGCUUUUGAGUACCAUUCUAAAACCUUUAUCUCCAACAAUUGGGAAUGGAUCUUCGAAACCAUCAUCCCAUGGCUAGCCAUCGCCAUCGUCCUGACCGAGCUACCCCGCGCGACUCAAUCAUCCGACAUCGACCGCGCCCAAUGGCAAAUCAAUCUCAACUUCCAAAGGUUUUCCGACCCUUUGAAACCAGUGUCUGGCACUCCGAUGUGGAAACUUCUUAUCCAGCUUCGGGAGAACAUGCCAGAGUCGCCCGCUCAAUCACCAUUGAGCUACAGAGGUGUGGAGCCAGCGAGCAGUCAGCUAUUACAAACUGCUACAGCAAUGGCGUUUAACACUGACUUAAUGUUGGGUUCUGAACUGUAUCCGGCUGGCACUGAGACCUCUCUGUAUGAAGAUCAGUUCAUGCUAGAUCUUCCUUGGUUGAACACCCAAGUACCAUACUGAGUCGAGACCUCAAUCGUAGCGAAUGGAAGAUAUAUUUUUCAAUGCCGAGUCAUCGCGACUGUCCUGAAAUGCUGUCGACCAAUUAAGGCUCUCGAAAUCUAGCUCGUUACUUUUCAAAAAUGUGAAUAGAAAAGCUUAUUUCGCCGCCCCCCAACCUCAAAAGCUUGAAUACCCCUCCUUUAGCGCCCAGCCUCAACCCUCCAUCAACAAACAAACACCGACCAAGCCAGCUCUGAGCACAACCUCAAGUCAGACAUUACCAAAGGUG